GGAAAUUUGUGCUACCCUAAGAUAAUUACUCUUCUGAAAAUGAAUUAAAAUUCUAAAAUAAAAUAUUCAUAUACAUUUCUAUUUUAUUUUGAGCGGUGAUUGAUUGGAACUUUGAAGCUUGUGGUAUGGUACAAAAUACAUUAGGCGUACCGCAUUUUCUUCUCCUGUUAAGCAAUCCGCCGCCGGUGGUUGGACCACCGGCGUCACCUCCCUUCAUCCCACCUCCUACGCCGUCUCCACGAACUUCUCUAUACUUCCUCUCCAUCUCCCCAAGCUUCAACCCUACUCUGCUCCCCUCCAAUGGCGAACCCAAACCUUUCCAACUCUCCGAUCGACCCAAACAGCGGCUUCUCCUCCGAAACCCUAAUCUACCACAGCCUCCGACCCCACGUUCCUCUCCCUCCCCAAACCAUUCCCCUGUCCGUCUGCCAGUUCGCUCUCUCUCUCCUCUCCCGCCAAACCUCCGCCGGCCCCGCCGGCUUCAUCGACGCUGCAACCGGCACCCGCAUUCCCUACUCCGAACUCCCCCGCCGCACCGAAACCCUAGCCGCCUUCUUGCAGAAUCGAGUCGGUCUCUCCAGAGGGGACUCGGCCUUCGUCCUCUCCCCGAACUCGAUUCGCGUCCCGGUUCUCUACCUCUCCCUCUUCUCCCUCGGCGUCAUCGUCUCCCCGUCCAACCCCGCCGCCACGGAGUCCGAGAUCGCUGGCCAAAUCCAGCUCUGCAAGCCGGCUAUCGCUUUCGCCACUUCUGAAACGGUCCGCAAGCUCCCCUCCCUCCGGCUCCGGACGAUUCUCCUCGACUCGCCCGAGUUCGACUCCGCGAUGAUGAGUCCGGGCGAGAAGCUGAACCCAGUCCGCGUGGCUCAGUCCAACACCGCGGCAAUUCUCUACUCGUCGGGUACGACCGGGCGAGUGAAGGGCGUCGAGUUGACUCACCGGAAUUGGAUAUCGACUGUAGCCGCCGCGCAUGCGGUUCGCCCGGUGAGGACGCGUCCGGUGGUGUCUUUGUGUGCGGUUCCGUAUUUCCACGUGUACGGUUUUGCGUACUGUGUGAGGGCGGUGGCUUUGGGAGAGAGUGUGGUGUCAAUGGAGAGAUUUGAUCUGCGGUUGAUGAUGAGAGCGAUUGAGGGGUUGAGGGUGACCCACGUGGCAGUGGCCCCACCUAUAGUCGUCGCGAUGCUGAGGGAUGAUCAUGGUGAUUUGAUGGACGGCUACGAUUUGAGCUCUCUGGAGGUGGUGGCCUGCGGAGGAGCUCUCCUGCAGAGGAGUGUGAUUGAGCGGUUUAAGAAACGAUUUCCAAAUGUGCAAAUGGCGCAGGCAUAUGGACUGACUGAAUCAACUGCUGGAGUCUACCGAACAAUGGGUCCGAAAGAGAGUCAAGUAAUAGGUGCUGUGGGGCGGCUUAUGUCAAACUGCCAAGCAAAGAUUGUUGAUCCCGACACUGACACUGGUUUACCUCCUCAUAAGCAAGGGGAGCUUUGGCUUAGAGGGCCAUCUAUCAUGAAGGGUUAUGUUGAUGAUCAAGAGGCAACGGCUGCAAUUUUGGAUUCAGAAGGAUGGUUAAGAACAGGGGAUAUUUGCUAUAUUGAUAAUGAAGGCUUCCUGUUUUUUGUGGAUAGGAUGAAGGAGCUAAUCAAAUACAAAGGCUACCAGGUUGCCCCAGCGGAACUGGAACAUAUGCUUCAAACUCAUCCUGAUAUUGUUGAGGCAGCUGUGAUUCCUUAUCCUGAUGAGGAAGCAGGUCAAGUUCCUGUGGCUUUUGCGGUGAGACAAUCUGAGAGCACUACUGAUGAAUCACAAAUUAAGGAUUUUAUCGCGAAGAAGGUUGCACCAUACAAGAAAAUAAGACGAGUAUAUUUCAUUCAUUCAAUACCGAAGAAUGCUCCAGGUAAGGUUUUGAGAAAGGAGUUAAUAAAACUAGCAAUAUCAAAUGCAACUUCAAGUUUAUAGUUCCAGUUACUGUUAUAUGUAUAAUGUUAUUCUGUUGCCUAUAUAGUUUGUGCAAGUGUUUCCCCUUAAUUCAGCCGAUUCAGAGAUAGAAACUCUGUGUAUCCUGUUCAUUAUUAUUAUUAUUGACAAAUACUCUUCAUUAUGUUCAACAGUGGCUCAUCCAAUUGGGUGUAUUUGGAAAUGUGUUGUGUUAUUUUGUUUUCA